AUGGCCGUGGCUCUUGCUCAUCCGCCCGCUCGGCGAGCCCUUUGGUGGCUGGUCUGUCUCGCGGCCCUGGUGGCCGCUCCUGGCUUGGAGGUGGACCUGAGGCGGUGGAUAUCGCGGAUGCACGCGAGCAAGCUGUACGGCGGUGGCCUUGAAGAGAUGGUCAAGGACUACCGGGUCGUCGUGGUCAUGACGACGAUCCCGCCGCGCAUUGAGAGGAUUGAGCCGGUGCUCGAUGCCAUGUUGGCUCAGACGUGGCCGCUCGACAAGCUGUAUCUCAGUAUCCCUCACACAUACAAUCGCACUGGGGAGCCCUACGUCAUCCCCGACUGGUUAAGAUCGAAGUCUGGCGUCCACAUUGCUCGCUGCGAGGACAUGGGGCCAGGCACUCAUUUGCUCAACGGUCUCCGGCUCGAGCAAGACCCUUGGGCAUUCAUUGUCGUGGUUGAUGACGAUCACAUCUACAGCCCCGACCUCGUGGAGACGCUGAUGCGAGCGGCACUCGCUCAUCCUGGCAACGCGGUGGCUGCUCAAGGCUUUCUUUCUGUGCCUGGGCUUGAGAUCACAAAGGAUUCUCCGCGGUACUUGCAUGAUCAGGGAUUCGCUUCUGGCCCAGUGUUGGUCAGCUACCUCGGAGUUGUCUACCAGCGGGGCUUUUUCGACGAUACGGUCUUUGACUACAGCCUCGCGGCGGAGCAGUGCAAGUACCAGGACGACAUGUGGUUCUCCGCCCACCUCGCGCUGAAGGGCAUCGGACGCGUGGUGCUGGGGUCUGCGCUCGGCGUCCAGGAGCUCAGGGACAUGCACCUCGGGCCGGAGUCGCUGACGCACUGGAAGGAAAACAAGCCCCGCGAGGUCAGCGCCAAGUGCAACGACUCGCUGCUGCGCCGCGCGAGCGCCAUCUGGGCGUGCCGCUCCCGCCUCGUGCUGUCGCUGGGGGGGCUGCCCCCGCGCCCCUCCGACGCGGCGGGGAGCGACGCCGCAGAGGUGGGCGAGUGGCAGUCCGCCUUGCGGGCGCGGCGGCCCCUGGGCGCGUCCUUCUGGCUGGGCGGGGUGCUGGUCAUGGACUCCGACGCCUGCCCGGCGAGCCCCGCGGAGCCGGGGGUCGGGCAGCUGCUCCGUGACCCCCUGCGCUGGGAGGGCGACCCGAGCACGGUGGUCCUCCUCGGUGCCCUGGAGGAUGUCGUCUCGCAGGGUGCCGACCUUGCCGCGCUGGCCGAGUGCGCCGCCUCCCGCGUCCCCAGCGGGUGCGGGCAGGGGGAGGCUGGGCCGGUGGACAGCGCUGGCAACGGAGCAGGGGCCGCAGCCAAUGCAGGGCGGGACUCCGCCAACGCUGCAGUUGCAGGCUCGCCGUUCUGCAGGAUCGGGGAGCUUGCCGCGGUGACGGACGAUAUCCUCGGCUGCACCUCCUGCGACAAGAAUGUGUACCUCUGGAAGCACACCACUGGCGAGCUGUUGAAGAAGCUCACUGGUCAUUCCAACGAGGUCAACGGCAUCGACUUUCACUGCACGCAGCAGGUGAUGGCGUCCGCAUCGGACGACAAGUCGUGCCUGAUCUGGGAUUUCGCGGAGGCGAUCCAGCUGCGGACUUUGGACAAGCACACCGAGGCGGUGUACGGCUGCAAGUUCCUGGGCCAGGAGAUGCAGUUCAACAUCGCCACGUGCUGCUUCGACAGGAGCACCCGCAUCUUCGACAUGCGCGACAAGAGCGUUUCGGCGUGCCUCCAGCUGCACAACGACGACGUCAUCGGCGGGGCGGGGACGCGCUACAUAGAGCCCAGGGACUCGCGCCGCGACGGCGGCGCGCGCCCGCGCCUGAACCCUUCGCCGCGCUUCGCAGGGGGCACGGCCGCGUCGGAAAUGCAGCGCCCCGGCGGCGGGCCGAUCGCGCAGAUGAGGCCGAGUGGCGAUGUCUCGCGCCUGCUCGAUCCUUCCAUUCGGCUAGCGGGCGGCCGGGUCAUUGCGCCGCUCGGCUUCGCGCGGACAUCGGCGCUCAGCGCGCCGGGGGGCGCCGGCCGCCGGCGCGCGCAGAAGCGCGGCGGCGCCGCCGGGGAUUGGACGCUCGGCAUCGUGUCCGGGUUGCCAAAUUGGGCGACCGGCCUCGCCGGAAGCGCCCUGUCGGGAGCGGAGCGGGCGUUGUCAAGUAGGGGCGAGGGUGAGUCGCCCGGCGCGAUUGGUCGCCGCGAACCCGUCAGCGGAGUGGCCCGCGCCUCGCCCGUUCGGCCGCCAACGUCCGCGUGGUUCAUGCGGCCGGCGAUCCGCGUCUCAGUGCCCCGCCCGCUGGACGAGCGGCGCAUCGUCGGCCGCCCGCCGGGGAAUCCAGCGGCCGCGCUUGCCAGGUGCCGCAGCAGCCCCGUGGCGCUGGCGCCGUUGCUCAAAGUGUCAGUGCCCAAGCGGACGGGACAGGCGCCGACACCGCUCCGCCCGCACAGCUGGGAGCGCCUCCUGCGGAGCACGGCGCGGUGUCGCUCCAACGUCGCCGUGGACAGCGAUGCCGUGGGGCGUGCAGGCGUCACGUCUGGAGGGGUGAGGGUGCUCGAGCGGCUUGUGCAGUGCGCGAGUGACUCGAGGCAAACGCGCCGAACCCUGACAUCCGACGCUGGGACGAACAUGCGGCGAGAACACCACGGCCGUGAAGCCAGGGCCCCUGGCGCCGCCCUCCCCGGCGGGGGCGCGGGCGAGUGGCCAGUGCCUCCCGGCGCCAGCUUGGCCGCGCGGCACGACCGCGGCGCCGAGGCGGCGGCGCUCGCGCCUGCCGCGCCGGCGGUGCCCGCGCCUGAGGCGAGGGAGCUCCUCCGAGGCAUCGAGGCCAGGUGCGAGGGCCUCCUGGAGCUCCAGGAGAGGCACCAGCGGCUGGAGGCGCGCCGCCAGGAGGCCGAGGCCGCCCACCUGCGUGCGGUCACCGACGCGCUCGCGGGCGGCCGGCGCGGCCAGGACGCGGUCGCGGCGCGCUUCCACGCCCUGGAUGCGGAGGCGAACGCCGCCCACUCGGGGGUGCUCGCCCUCCGGGACGGGCAGAUCGACAGCCUGCAGCGCCUGUGCGCGGCGGAGCGCGCCGAGCUGUGGCGCCUGCGCUCGGCGGCCGGCGACGCCCUGGCGCGCGAGGUCGACAGGCUGCGUGCCCGCCGGGCGGCGCUGGAGGCGGAGCUGGCCGGCCGUGGCGGCGGGGCGGAGGCGCCGUCGGGGGCGCUGCCGUCCGAGGAGCAGCGGCAGGGCACCGCGGCCCCGGCCGCCGCGGCCUCCGCGGGGGCGCCGGGCGCCGCUGGCAAGGGGCAGGGGAGCCUGAGGGCCCGGGUCGAGGACCUGUGCGGCAGACUGGCGGACGCCGAGGUGCAGCUGAGCCGGCAGGCGCUGCGGCGCGCGUCCCUCGACCGCCUGGCCGAGUCGCUGGUGCUCGGCUGCCGGUGCGCAGAGCCUCCGGGGCCGCUCCGCAGCCACUCCGCGGCCGCGCUGCCUGGCGGCUGGGGCGCGCAGGCGCCGCGGGCCGCCAGCCCCGAGCGGCAUCCCGGGAGCGCCGCGCCCCCGGCUGCGGAGAGCGGCCAGCGCCCGCGCCUCCCGGGCUCGUCUGCCGCGGGCCGCCUGCCGGCGCGCGACAGCGCGGACGCGCGGGGGAGCCCCGGCGCCGCGGCGCGCUGCGGCAGCGAGGCGCCCGGCGGUCCGCCGCCUGCCUGGCGGGCCCUCGAAGCCCGGCAGGCCGCGUCGCCCCCGCGGCUCGGCGGCGGCGAGCUGGCAUGCGGACCGCCCAACUCGGGCGAGGCGUACGGGCCGUGCCCCGGGGACUCGGUGGACGAGGAGGUCGCGCACUUUGUCAACAGGCCUCGGAACCGCCUCAGGAGGUCGCUCCUCCGCCGCCAGGGCCCGGGGCAGUACCUCUACGGCGCGUCCCAGGUGCGGGUCCGCCGGCGCGCCGGCGCCGGCGGCGGGCUGGAGGCUUCGGCGGUGGCGCUGGGCUCCGACUGGACUCCCAUCGAGGAGCUCCUGCGGUGGCUGGAGCGCCUCCAGAGCCGGGCCCCCCGGCAUGCCCCACGGCGCGUCCUGGUGGCGCCGCCGUGGGACCGGGGCCCACAUGCCGCUGGCGGGGGCUGCGCCGAGGCGCGCAAAAAUUGUCGUCAUCCCUCUGAGGCUCGGGCUUGA